AGUUGUCAUCAUGGCAGAGAAAACGUUGAUUUUGGACGGUCUUCCUGACGAUCUUGCUUCAGUGAAGUCAAAAUUGGAUUUACAUUUCAAAAAUAAAAGAAAGUCUGGAGGGGAGAUACUGGAAAUUCGAGAUUACCCCGGUGACAAGAGAAAGGCACUUCUCGUUUACUUGGAAGAUGAAGCUCUGAAGAAAGUGUUAGAAAAAAAAAUCCACAAGGUCGAUUUUAAGGCUUUGGGUAUUCAAGACCUUAAAGUGAAACUACCAGAGGAAGAUGAUGGCCCCAAUGUGAAGGGAAUCAAAGAAACGCCUCUCCUUCGCCCUCGUCUGGAGGAAGAGACACUCACUGGAAAGUCUACACACGUUGAGGAAAAGCAUCCAGUGGUGUUUUGUCAAAAAGACUCGCAGAGAGAUAAGAACGAUGACAAGGCACACUCGCUGAUUGUUUACAGCGUUUGUCCAAUCACAGAGGAAAUUCUUCGGCUAUACUUUGAGCAGUUCUCUGAUGACGUUGAUAUCAGCAUACUUGGAAAUAACAGAUGGGUUCUCAACUUGGCCAACCAGUCAGAUGUGGAGAAAGUCCUGGCCAAGAAGGAUCACACUCUGGAGGACUCCCCUAUCUCUGUGGAGCUGUACGACAGAGAGGCAGAGAGCAGGUUUGACCCCCACAGGUUCAUACUCAGUGGCUUCAGUGAGGACUGCAAAUGCAGCCUCCUUUCUGUCUACAUCAAGAGCUGCAGCAAAGGGGCCGAGCACUCCUGGGAGGUCCUGGAUGAUGGGGAGAGAAUUGCAGUCACCUUCAAACAGGACAUAGAUGUAAAUGCCUUUCUGAAGAAGUGCUCCUCCAAGAAACUUCAGAACAUGGAGAUCACUGCUUGCCGUCUGGAGUACACAGACUCCGUGUUGGUCGAAGGAAAUAUGAGUAACAUCUCAGAGGAGACACUCAGCCUUUAUUUUUCUAACAAAAGGAGCAAUGGAGGAGCAAUCAAAUCCAUAAUUUGGGUCAAUAAGGCAAAGAGUGUGAUCAUAACCUUUCAAGACUGCCAUGUUGCACUCAGAGUGGCCAAACAGAAACACAGUCUUUGCAGAGUCAGUCUGUGCACGCUGCUGUUCUACUCCAGUCUGCAGCAAGCCUUGACUGGGGAAACACCCACUCUCCCAAAUUUUCCUAGUGAAAUGAUUAUUCCUGUGGAUGCUUUUCUCCUCGACUACAUCAAACUGAAUGAGGCGUGCAAAAGAGACUUUGACAGGAUACUACAGGAGGUCUACGCCAGCAUCUCCCUUGAAGAGCCCCAUCAGGUGACGCUCCAGAUGACAGUGGACAGAGAAUCUCUGCUGUUGCACCGCUUGGCUCACACUUGGAAGAGGAAUGCCAGGCAAGCAAUAGAGACCCUGCUAGAGAAAUACAGUGUGAUUAUGCUGAUGUCAACAGAAGAGGUCUGGGAGAGAAUCAAGAGUAGGUGCCUCAGUCUCAGUUCCAGUAAUGCCAGUGUGUCUUACGAGAGCUCAAAGCACAGAAUUGUGAUAGUGGGACAGCAGAGUGAUGCGAAGAGGAUUUCAGAUGAAAUCCAGGCCUUGGUGAAAAAGGGUAAAGAAGAGCUGGAAGUUGAAAUGAACACCAUAGAGAGGAAGAUCCCUCUGGACAGCAGGGAAGAGCUAGAUUUUUUGUGGAACUUAGUGUCUGCCAAGCUUAAAGAUGUUAAGGCUUCGAAAGAUGAGGCAAACCUGACCUUUCACCUCAAGGGCCUCAGGGACAAUGUGAGCAAAGGGGAAGGAAUCGUCCAAGAGGCUCAGAAAGGUAUAGCCACUCAAACUCUGAAUCUGUCAGCUCAGCUCACAGAAUUCUUGAAGUCUCUUGACCUGAAAAAGUUUGAGCGUGAUCACUUUAUACACAAUCACAUUUCAGCUGUGAUUCUCAGCCGUGGCGACUCCUUCCAACUGCUUGCAGAGAACCAUGACAGUCAGAAAGCCAGAAAUAAAAUAAAGGAGGUUGUGAAAGAAGAGGUAAUCAACCUCACUCCUGACCAAGUAAAAGUCACCAAGGAUGAGCAGUGGAGAGUCUUCUUUAAUGGACUUAAGGAGGAAGUGGAAUCCUGCAGUAAUGUCCAGAAUGUUAGCAUUUUAGUGUCUGAUGUGCAGAUCACAGUGUGUGGGUUCUGUAAUGUUGUGGCAGAUGUCUCGAGGAAACUGAAGGGAUACCUCAAUAACAAAAUGCCAGUGACUGAAGAUGUCCCACUCAAGACAUUGAAAGAGGUUGAAUACAUUGAUGCUUGCAUGCGACUGUCAGAGGCACCUGAAAUCAAAGCUCUGGAUGUCACCAUACUGUCAUCAAAAACACAGGUGUCCCCAUGCCUGAAGGUCACUGCUGCCAGCGACAAGAUCAAGGAGGCAGUGGCAGCUGUGAAAAAGCAAAUAGCUGUGAUUGUGACAGAGAAGCACACUUACUCCAAAGCUGGGGAAUCUAAGGUGCUGCAGAAGCAUCAAGCUGCUCUCAAGGCCAGAGCAAAGGAGUUUGAUUGCAAGCUGUAUCUGACCAUUGAGCCAGCCAAACAGAUCAACCCUGGUCAGAGCUACAGCUAUAAAAUAGCAGACUGCCUCACUUUAACUGUUGCCUUAGGGAACUUGUCCCAGCAUACUGCUGCAGCUUUAGUUUGUCCACUGAGUAGCAACCUAUCCUUCGAUAAUCCCAUUGCCCAGCAAGUUCUGCAAGUUGGCGGACCUCAGAUAAAAGAUGUCUGUGACAAUCUCUUGAAGGAAAGCCAAACUUUGGUAGCUGGGGAUGUGAUCAUGGCCAACCCAGGAAAGCUCUCUUCCAAGGCCCUCCUCUUUGCUGCAAUACCCACAUGGGGCACUAGCAGCCACAGUGUCAAUGGCCAAGCCCUAGAGUCAAUCUACUUGGAGUCAGCCACCCUAAACAGCCUCCAGAGUGCAGAGGACAUCCACUGUGUCUCCGUGGCGAUGCCAGCCUUGGGGUGUGGCACUUUUGGUUUCCCCACCAGGGACAGCUGCAAGGCCAUCCUGAAGGGUGUCACUGAGUUCAGCAGCUGUCACCAGCAGACACCCACAAACGUGAAGGAAGUGUUUGUGGUCGACGCGGAUGUAAAGACUGUGGAGGAAUUCCAUGCAGUGCUGAAGGAUAUGGGAUACCUAGGUGCAGCUGUGACAAACACAACAUCAUCUGUAGAUUCUGCAAAGAAAACCCAGCAAGUCAGUCCUCCACCACUGUUACCUAAACCGGGAGCAAACCUGAAAGUGAUGCUCGGUGGGGUAACGGUACUUCUGAAACAGGGAGACAUCACGAAGGUGGCUGUGGACGCCAUCGUAAAUUCCACCAACACGACUCUGAAUCUAGGCACUGGUGUCUCUGGAGCCAUUUUGAAGGCAGCAGGACAAUCUGUUGUAGAUGAAUGCACCAAACUGGGUACCCAGAAAGCAGAUGGGGUGGUUGUCACUGGAGGGGGCAACCUGAAGUGCAAACACAUCAUUCAGAUGGUGGGGCCAAACAAGACCGCUGACAUCACCGCCUCCAUAGAGAAGGUUCUGAAGCUUUGCGAGAGCAAGAUGAUAGCAACCAUGUCCAUCCCGGCCAUUGGAACUGGAAGAGGUAACAUCAAACCUGAGCAGUCCAUUGAGGCAGUGCUGAAGGGACUGGAAAAUCAUUUAUCACAGACCACAUCCUCCUGCAUCAAAACCAUAUUCAUAGUGGCCUUUGAUCAGAAGGUUUUUGACUCCUUCUGUGAUUACUUCGCUGAGCGUAACCAACAACCACGUCAAAGCAAGCAGGCCAGCACUGGACCUCCCUCGGCCAAUGUUCAGUCAGGGUCCACACAGCUCCCUGAUAAUCAAGUUAAGAUCCAUGACGUUAGAAUAGAGGUUAAGAAAGGCAACAUUACCAUGGAAACUGUCAGGGGGAUUGUCAACACGACAAACAAAGAGCUCAACCUGAAAGGAGGGGUUUCAGGAGCUAUAUUCAGAGCAGCAGGCCAAUCAGUGGAGGAGGGGUGUAAAAUGUUUGGCCCCCAGGGGGUCGAUGGGGUCGUGGUCACAAAAGGUGGGGCACUUCAGUGUGACUUCAUCAUUCACAUGGUGGGGCCCCACUCCACGGCUGCCGUGACGUCCCAGGUGGAGAGGGUGCUGGAGCAGUGUGAGAAGAACCAGAUCACCACCGUCUCCUUCCCUGCUGUUGGCACAGGUGGUGGUGGCCUGAAUGCCGUGGAUGUUAUCACUGCGAUGCUGCAAGGGUUCGACAAUCAUCUAUCACAGCGAAAUUCCACUGUGCUCAAACUGAUCUACAUCGUUAUCGACCAAGACAAAGUGCUGCAGCAGUUUCUGCAAGGGCUCAAGCAGUGGACCAAAAGGGAAGAUUCUGGUGAUGAAGCAGAUGAUGAAGAUGAGGAUGUGGGUGAGGGUGAAUUCACUGGCAAUAUUGAGAUAUUCAUAGGACCAAUAAAAGUCAGAGCUGUAUGUGGCAACAUCACCGAAGAGAGGACUGAUGCCAUUGUGAACAGCACCAAUACCAGCCUUGAUUUAAACUCAGGUGUAUCUGGGGCAAUACUUAAAGCAGCGGGUCAGACAGUUGUGGAUGAAUGCAAAGCUCUAGGGACACAGCCAAGUAAUGGGGUGGUAACGACCAAAGCAGGAAACCUCCAUGCCAAGCAUAUUGUCCAUAUGGUUGGGCAGACCAAGGAGAAAGAGAUCACUAAUUCCAUGUACGACGUUUUAGUGGCUUGCAAUAACAUCAAAGCACAGUCCGUCUCAUUCCCAGCACUGGGGACAGGAGCAGGAAAUGUGGCUGCCUCUCAGGUGGCUAACGCCAUGAUCUACGCCAUUGGGACCUUUUUGUUAGACAAUCAGAAUCCAUCUGUCACCACGAUUAACAUUGUAAUAUUCCAACCAAAGAUGAUGUCUGACUUUGAACAAGUCAUGAAGAAGUUCAAGAAGGUCACACCCAAGCCUGGUCUGGCUGCAGCAGCAAAAACGCAGACGAAACUCCCUUCCACGUUCUCGAACCCAAGCCAGUCCCAAACCAUUUCCAAUACUCCAACCCCAAGCCAUGCCAGCGCAGCAGCAGGAGUGACCUUACCCAUCACAGUGGCCGAGGUUUACGGAUCCUCCCCGGCCAGCCUGGCCCAGGUGAAGAGGUGCCUGGAUGAGUUGAUCUCCGAGGAGUGCACCAGUGAGGACGUGGUCAGCGAGUACCUCCGCCUCCUGAAGGAUCCCGAAAAGCAGGACAUUGCCGCUGCCAGUCAGAGGCACCAGGUCCACAUUCAGAUCCUGGCCGACAAGGUGACAGUGUCGGGGAAAAAGGAUGACGUCCUCUCAGCUGUGCUUCAGAUCAAAGACUCCCUCCAGAAGGUCCAGGAGAGGCAGAACCGAGAACGUGAGGAGAAGAGGAUAUGGGAGACUGUUCGCUGGAAGGCGGAGAGACUGGACCAGUGGACAGACCUGGAUCAGAAUUUCAACCACGACCUGGAGCUGGCCUUCCACAGGAAAGAUAAGUGUUACACUUACCAGCAUCGAGGGGAGAUCUUCACCAUGGACCUGAAGAACAUGCUCCGGACAGACAGCAGAGGGAGAACCACCAAAAUCAAGAGGACCCUGCUGACUGACUCCGAUACAGCUAUCAUUCAGCCACCACCAGCAUGGACCAAAAUGGGUGACAAAGAGAUGGACAUUAUUUUACUCUCACCGAAAUCACAGGAAUUCCUGAAAAUUUCAAAGGAAUUUGUGCUGUCCUGCCAGGUCUUUGUACAGGAAAACAAUAAGAACAUUGAAGUAAUUCAGAUUCAGAGAAUACAGCACCAGGAGCAGUGGCAGAGGUAUGCAGUAAGGAAACAGGCGGUGGACAAGAAGUAUCCCAAGAACAAGAAUGAGCAGUUCCUCUACCACGGGACAACCAAGGACAUCUGCCAGAAGAUCAACAAGAAUGGCUUCAACCGCAGCUUCUGCGGCAGGAAUGCCACAAAGUACGGCAGCGGAACAUACUUCGCCAAAGAGGCCUACUACUCAUGUCACGAUGCCUACUCCAACCCUGACGAGAACGGUCAUAAGUAUAUCUACAGGGCCCGCGUCCUCACGGGGAUGCCCUGCCUGGGACAGCACGGGAUGAAGGAGCCCGCUCCCAUCAACCCCAGUGACCACCAGGCAGGCCUGCACGACUGCACUGUGGACAACCUGCAGAACCCCUUCAUCUUCGUCAUAUUCUGCGAUUCCGGCGCCUACCCCGAUUACCUCAUCACGUUCAAGACGGUGUGACAAACAGGACAACGAGAAAGAAGACAUCACUCUGACACUGCAAUACUAGAAAUGAAUCAAAAGUGCCGUAAAAAUGGUGUCUACAUUGUUCUAAUACAGUGCCAGUCAAAAGU